AUGUGUUCCUCUCCAAUCUGUCACUGUCGGAGGUCUUGCUCACCACAAACAUUGUCCCCCCCAUGCUCCAUAUAUUACUUAGUAACGGGGCUAUUUUUUCUCUUGUUGGAUGUUUCGUACAAUUUUUCUUAUUUGGUGUGGUGUGUUUGUGUGACAGAGAGCUUCCUCCUCUCAGCAAUGUCCUAUGACAGAUUCUUGGCGAUCUGCAAACCUCUUCAUUACACACUGAUUAUGGACCCCAGGCUGUGCCUUUGUCUGAUCCUUGUCUGCUGGAUGUUGGGAUUCCUGAUCAUGACCAUUGCUUUAUGUGUUGUGAACACUUUGUAUUUCUGUAGAGAAAACAUUGACCAUUUCUAUUGUGAUUUUAUUCCGAUAUUGAAGCUUGCCUGUUCGGACACUUCCAUGGUUGAAAUAGUUACAUGUUUCCUUUCAUCCUCAGCUACUAUGUUCCCAUUCCUGGUAAUCAUUGUUACUUAUGGGUUUAUUAUCCGUGCCAUUGCUAGGAUUUCAUCUUCCACUGGCAAAGAGAAAGCUUUCUCCACCUGUAGUUCCCACCUGGGAGUCGUUUUCACAUAUUACACCACCAUGAUUGUGGUCUAUGUGGUCCCACCUGGACAUUUUUUGACAGCGAACAAAAUUGUAUCUCUGCUGUAUACAGUGAUCACCCCACUAGUGAACCCCUUUAUUUACACCCUGAGGAACCAAGAGAUCAAUGCAGCUGUAAGACAAACCUUAACAUCCAUAUCAAGACUCUAA